GGUUCCCUCUGUUUUUAGGUAUAAUAUAAAUGAAGUAUGUAUAUUAAAACUUGUGUUAUCAUUUUUACAACAUUGGCAUGGACAACCUGCAAGAAGUUAGAUGUUAAAAACACUUUUGUAUAUGGACCUGCUCUGAAUGCUGAUAUAGUUUUACCAACAAGAUAUUUUUUUGUUCAUGCUGUGGACUCGAAAGGAAAGAAUUAUACCAGCUCACCUGGAAAGGAUACAUUUACAUUUGAGAUAUCUUCAUCCAGUUCCAGUAGAGUUCGUGCAUGGAAAGAAGUGUUGGACAGAAGUGAUGGUUCGUUUCUUGUUCGGUUUCGAUUAUACGACAGUCACGAAGAUUUAUAUAUUGAAGUUAAACAUAAUGGCCAGCCAGUGGCGAAGUCACCAUAUCGUAUCAAAGGGAUGAACUAUCAUGAACAAUGCAACUGUCCGCAUCCUAAUGACGACAUUUGGUUAAAGACAAUGUCUUGUCCACAAUCACACCAACAAAUUGAAGAAGAUUUAAAACCAUUUGAGAAGGUUGACUUAGAUGUUAUCUUUAAAAAAGGAGUCAAACAAUUUGGAAGAAAUCAUGCUGUUUGUUAUUACAGUGUUGUCAAUAAUGAGAUAUACCGAAAAUGCUAUGGUGAGCAUGUGGGAUUUGCAAUGUUUAUGGAUGCUUGGCUCCUAUCUCUAGCAAGAAAGGUUCGACUUCCAGACAUGGAGUUUUUCUCAAAUCUGGGUGAUUGGCCUUUAAGUAAGCAUGGCAAAGAACCGAUUCCCGUUUUUUCUUGGUGUGGAUCGGAUGACACUUACGAUGUUGUCAUGCCAACUUACGACUUAACAGAAUCUACUUUGGAGUCUUUGGGCAGAGUUUCUCUUGACAUGCAGUCUGUGCAAGGAAAUACAGGACCGAAAUGGAAACAAAAGAUUGAGAAAGGAUUCUUUCGCGGGCGUGAUAGUCGUCAAGAGAGACUUGAUUUAGCCGUGCUCGGACGUUCUAAAACGGAUUUGCUGGAUAUCGGGUUAACUAAUUUUUUCUUUUUUCCAUACGAUGAGAAGAAAUAUGGACCAAAGCUUAAGCAUGUUUCCUUCUUCGAUUUUUUUAAGUAUAAAUAUCAGAUCAAUGUAGAUGGUACCGUAGCUGCGUAUAGAUUUCCAUAUUUACUUGCUGGUGACUCAGUUGUGUUUAAGCAAGAUUCACCGUACUAUGAGCAUUUUUACCAUGAUUUACAACCCAUGAAACAUUAUAUUCCUUUCAAAAGAGAUCUCAGUGACUUGUUGGAUCAACUAAAGUGGGCGAAAGCGAAUGAUGCCAAGGCCAAAAAUAUUGCUUCAAAUGGGCAGAAAUAUGCACGUGACAAUUUGCUGUGUGAUAGAUUAUAUUGUUAUUCCUACGUUCUCUUUAAAGAGUAUUCUCGACGGUUGAUACAAAAGCCACGUGUUAGAGACGGCAUGGAACACAUUCCACAACCAGCUGGAGCCGACGCUGCAUGUAAGUGUCGUCGUGACGUUAAACCUAAAUCUAAGAAGAAAUCGAAAACCAAAACACCUGACGAUAAUGCAAAACAACAACAAAAACAACAGCAACAGAAAAGCAAGCCACACGAAGAACUAUGAAACAACAGUUAACCGAAAUCGUGAAAACACGUUCUAUGUUUUUAGGAACAUGUAUUUAUAAUUUUAUUUUUUCAAAACUAAACCAUACAAGUAGAAUAUAAAUGUUAAAUUUCACCAA